AUGAAAUGGAGGAAUUUAGCCUCUCAAAACUCGAUCUUGAUGGCCCUUUUAGACCCACUACGUUUUCAAUCCAUCCCUUCGUCAUCAUCAACUUCGUACGCACCCAUUUUCCAGUUUUUGACUGGCUUAAACCUGCACAAAUUGGGCCAACAGACCCACGCUCAUUUGAUUCUGCGUGGACUUAAUCCCAACUCCUUCCUCGGUGCAAAGAUGGUUGCUAUGUACGCUAGCUCAGGUGAUAUCGACUCUGCCAUUGUUUUAUUUGAUUGCAUUCGUCGAAACGCGUCGACCCUUUUGUAUAAUUCGAUUAUUAGAGCUUGUGCGCUUUACGGUCUUUCAAAAACAAGUGUUGGUAUUUACUUGGAGAUGGAUUCAGCUGGGGUUCGUGCAGAUUACUUUACUUUUCCUUUUGUGUUAAAGAGUUGUGCGGAUUUAUGUGAUGUUGGGGUUGGUAGAUGUGUUCAUGGGAAGGGUUUGAGGAGUGGAUUGGAGUUUGAUUUUUACGUGGGGGCAUCUUUGAUUGAUUUCUACGUGAAAUGUGGUGAACUGGGUGAUGCUCGGAAACUGUUCGAUGAAAUGCCUCAAAGAGAUAUUGCUUCUUGGAACUCGCUGAUUGCAGGGCACAUGAAAAAUGGGAUGGUGCGUGCUGCUGAAGAUUUGUUUUCGAGAAUGUUGAAUAAGAACAUCGUAUCAUGGACGACAAUGAUUUCAGGGUACACGCAAAACGGUUUAGCAGAUCGAGCUUUGGAGUUGUUUGACGAGAUGACAAAUGAUUUUUCAAACAUAAAACCGAACUGGGUAACGAUAAUGAGCAUUCUCCCUGCCUGUGCUCAAUUGUCUGCACUUGACCGUGGCCGAAAGAUUCACGAUUAUGCUACUAGCAUCGGUGUUGACUCAAACACAUCCGUGCAAACGGCGCUCGCGGCUAUGUACGCUAAAUGUGGGUCCCUCUCAGACGCCCGUAUUUGCUUCGAAAAUAUCCCACCAAAUCGAAAAAACUUGGUUUCUUGGAACACGAUGAUCAGCGCAUACGCUUCUCACGGAUACGGAAUUCAAGCCAUUUCAACGUUCAGUGAAAUGAUACGAACCCGUGUUCAGCCCGAUGCAAUCACGUUUACCGGGUUGUUAUCGGGCUGCAGCCAUUCAGGUCUUGUUGAUAUCGGCUUAAACUAUUUCAACUCCAUGAGAACAGAAUACAACAUCGAACCAACACAUGAACAUUAUGCGUGCACCGUCGAUCUUUUGGGUCGAGCCGGGCGAUUGAACGAAGCAUACGAGCUCACCGCAAAAAUGCCAAUGCCACCUGGAGCAAGCAUAUGGGGUGCACUGUUAUCCGCUAGCAAAAACCAUAGAAAUCUCUCAAUCGCCGAAAUCUCCGCUAAAAACUUGUUCGUUUUGGAACCCGAAAACAGCGGGAACUACGUGGUUCUCUCAAACAUGUACGCCGAAGCCGGAAUGUGGAUUGAAGUGAAAAAUCUACGAGAUUUGUUAAAGACUCGAGGCGUAAAGAAGAACCCGGGUUACAGUUGGAUCGAACUCGAUGGUAAGUUACAUAUGUUUCUCGGAGGGGAUACUUCUCAUUCGAUGUCGAAAGAAAUUUACCAGUUUUUAGCAGCGUUACCGGAGAAGAUGAAAGCGUUAGGUUAUGUAGCGGAAACAAACUUUGCGUUACAUGAUGUUAGCGAAGAGGAAAGGGAGGAGAGUUUAGCGAGUCAUAGCGAGAAAUUGGCGGUUGGUUUCGGGAUUCUUUGUACGAGCUCGGGGACGGUUGUUCGGGUCACGAAGAAUCUUAGGAUUUGCGGGGAUUGUCAUACGGUGAUGAAGUUCGUUUCGAGGAUUUACGGACGGCAGAUUGUCGUGAGAGAUGUGAACCGGUUUCACCAUUUUAGUGAUGGAUCGUGUUCGUGUCGUGAUUAUUGGUAGAGGUGAAUAGAACGAUCGAUUUAAU